UUACUUUUAUUUAUUUUGUUAAUUCAAAACGGACAAAGUGAGCUACAAAACAGUUGUCACACGAACAUAAAUCAUUCAAAAUGGGACUCGUGACUAAAUUCUUUUAUUGCAUCGAGCUUAAAUUUGCUGUAGUUAUAAUUGGAUUUGUGGAUAUCAUAUUGAGCGUGCUCUGCGGAUGCUAUUUGCCAUGGCUGAGGCGUGUCGUCGAAGCGGAUUAUGAGAGCUGGACUGAGGCUACCGCGGGAUUCUUCAAGAAGUCGGUGGAAGAUAUGUACGUGAACAGAUUUGGCUAUACGAUGUAUGUCUUCCUCUUGGUUGUACUAGUUCUCCAUGUCGGCGCUUGUAUUUUGCUUAUAGUUUCAGCCGACUCGUCACAAAAAUUAAUGAUUGCUCCAUAUAUUGCCACUGCUCUAAUGCGAUUCGUCUUGUUGUUGCUGAUUGUGACUUGGAUUGCCACAAAAUCCUUUGAUUGUACCACCUCAUACUGGUUAAUCGGCUUGAGUCUAGCACCAGCAGGAUACUUCUGGCUUACAGUCGUUUCUUGGUAUAUGGAAAACGACAGCUAGACUGUAUACUUAUUAGAAGGAAAAAUAUAUAAUCAAGUCGCCCAUGAGAUUACCUUCAAAAUCAAUUAACAUUGACAAUCAUUCAAACAUCAAUUCAAUCUAAGCAAGACUAAACAAACAAGAAGCAGCCCCAAUCAUAAGAAAAUGGCACUACCCACUUUGGAUAAAUGUUGCUGCUGCGAGAUACGGUGGGGAGCACUUAUUGUAGGCAUUAUGAGGUUUUUAGUGUAUGCUUAUGUCCUGGGACGUGUUUUCAUUAUGGAAACCGAAAAUGAUUUACAAGAACUUGGUCUGUAUAUAGUAAUAACGAUACGAACGUUGUUCUUGGCUUCUAGCAUUCUGAUAAUUGUUUCUGUGUGGGUG